AUCUCUGUGUGUGGAGAGCGAGAGAGAGAGAGAAAGAUAGCGUUGGAAGCAAGAAUUACUUUAGAUUUUGACGGAAUAAACUAAAGCCAUGUUUUGGCAGCAGUCAAGCAGGAUGGGUUGCGCAUCUUCAGCUCAGCCACAGGCCCCAAGGGAAUAUCCAAAACAACCUCCUAAAGAACCACCACCACAGCAAUAUGGUCAACCGCAGGUCCAACCACAAAGAGCUAACCCUCCACCACCACAACAAACACAAGCACCACCUCUACCACCACCACAACAACAACCUCAAACUGUCUUGCAACAAAGUAUGCAAAUGAAUACAACAACAGGGCCACCACCUUCUCAACCAGCACAACAGCAGCCUCCUCCUCCACAACAGACAGCAGCUCCCGAGCAUGCUGAAAUCACUGAAGCAUUGGUGAAUUCCCUUCUAGAGCUAGAAGGUGAUAUUGCCAUGCUGGAAAGCCGUAAUAUAUUCAAGCAGUAUCAGAUGAAGAAGGAACAGAACUUGAAGGUAGAGGCACAGGUUAAAUCAAUGACAGCAAUGCAUCAACAGCUUGAGGCUCAAACGAAAAAAGAAUAUCAAGAUGUGGUAGACCUACAACAUAACACAUCAGUGAGACAGAUGUGGUCUCAACAACAGUUUGAUGCACAGAUGAGCAAAGAACAACAGGAAUACAUGGAUGCACUCAACAAGCAGGAGAUCAGUCAGAAACAGUUAGCAGCUUUUAGACAGCAGUUGACCUUGCUCUCCAAUGAAGUAACUUCAUUCAAAGCAGAUAAGGACAAACUACAAGGAUUAUACGAUAAACAGGAUGAGACCCUUGCGAGUAUCUUUGAUGGUAAAUAUGGCAGUGAGGCUGAGUACAGGCUGGAGUCUGAACUUGAUAUGCUUCAAGAGCGUAAGCAGAGAGUAGCGGUGGCCCGUUAUAAGUGGAACAACUCACAUACCCUAGUCAAGCAUGCUUGUGGCCAACUUAGCUUUGGGAUCAGAAGAUGGGCUGAUGUUAUACAAUUACCAGUACAGCAAAGCGCGAUAAGAUACCAGUUUGCUGCUGAAGCUCGUAACAAUCUUGUUGCUGCUGCACAGAACAUCACGACAGCCCAGCAGUACUUGAACACCAUCAAGUUCCCAUACUGCACACCGGAUGAGAUCGAGACACUGAACAAAGCUAUCAAUAACAUCUUCACUGAUAUGAUGCAUCCUGAUAGGCACAAGCAUGCCAUGGAAUGCUACGUCACAGUCUACAAACGAUCAGCAGCUCUUAUACAGUGGUUUGAGCAUGUGAUCAACAAGACAAUCAACAAAGAUUUGGAGAAGACGACAAGGAACUGUGCUGCCAAGCAAAAAGAACUGAAGAUGGAGAGAAUGAAACUAGUCCAGGAGAAGGUCAAGGAGAAACUUGGAGCAGACGUUGCUUCUCGCUUGCAGACAAAGUCACAGGCUAAUGAUGCUGAGCUAGCAGAAGAAAAGGAUGAACCUGAGUUAGCAAUGUUGGUUGAUGCAGACUCUGUCUCACAAGCCGGUGAUGAUAGUCUUGCUCCAGAGGGAAGUGCAGAUGUGAAUGCACCCACUCCUCUUGGGCUUGAAGAGCUUGCUCCUACGCCUGCCAUGGAUGACAUCUUUGGUAACAUUGAGGAGUUGAAGAAGCAGCAUGAGGAGCAGGUAAAGGAAUACGAACGUCAGCAAGAGGUGAACAAAACCAGAGCUGACCAGGAUCUACAGAGCAAGUUGGCUGCCCGUCGCUCCAGGCGACAACGCCAAGCAGCCCAGGAGGCAGAGAUGGCCGCCCUUCAAGGAGAUGCUCCGUAUUAAGAGUACCUAGUGUCCAGUAAUGACCAAAGGCUGUCUGACCAGAGGUGCUGAUGACCAGUGGACAUACUGGUUGUAAUUGUCUGCCUUCUUCCAUUCAGGAUGCUGCCUAAGAGUACCAUCGACAAUCAUACAUACUUGUCUUUCCUCAUCACCUUGAUACUGCCUCCAGUCAGUCAUGUACUCCUGAAAAAAAUGUGAACAGAGCCCUAACAGGAUGACUAACACUCUUCACUUGUUUUAGUUCAGAUAUUAAGGGCCUGAAUUUAAUAUUGGAAUGAUAUUUAAACUAAACUUUUUAGAUAUAUGUGUGAAGCUUUAAUAUUAACAUGGCCCCGUCAUAAUUACUUAUUCUUAUUAGCUUUGAAAUAGUCAAUUUGGUUUGAAAAAGAUCUACUUAGAUUUUUUUGUCAUCAAACUGCCAAAUAACUGAUCAUAGCUCUCCAUUCCAAUGAAUUGGUAUAUAUAGCUAACUCUUCUAUGAUUACGAUUUAAUCUCAUAUUUUAUAAAAAUUUCUUUACUUCCUGUAUAUAAUUUGUGCAAUUAUUUCAUUCUAUAUAAUCAAAAGGAAUAUUCGGCCCUGUCUCUGUUACUAGUAUACUGUACUUUGACCAUAAAAUGCAUACCGGUACUGUGUGUGUAUAUACGAGUAGCUUUAAUCAUUUGAUAUCAUAUAUUGUAUGGUCAGUAAUUACAGUGCAGAUAUGUUGUCAAGGUUUAGUGGGUCGAGGCCAGUCAAUUAUUGUUUUUUGAAGUGCUAUAGCUAAUUAAAAAAAAAAAAAAAAAAAACCUGUAAUGUUCUUACACAAGGAAUACCAAGUGUAGCAAAAACAAAUUGGGAAAAUUUAAUAUUUGAUUUCUAGUGUCAAAGAAUGUUAAUCAGUUCCAAUUGCUAAAGAAUAUUUCAGUUGGCAUUGCAUAAAUCAGUUGAUGUAAUUAUCUCAGUUGAAUUAUUACAACAUUCACACAUGUUACCUUGAUAGUGGAUUACUGUUUGUAUAUAUCUAUGUUUAUAGUUAUUAUUAUAAGUUGUGUAAAUAUAUCCGAGAAAACUACAAACCUUGUUUACAAAAUUUUCUCUUUUUAUUCGAUGAUUUCAGUAUUACAAUUGGUUGGAAAUGUAAAGGAAUUCCAUCCACCUAUAAAAUAAAGAAAAAUUUUAAUAUAUAUAUAUUAUGCUUUGAGAAUAUUUUGUGCUAUAUCUCCGGUACAGUGUAUAUAUUAUGCAGUUGAAUAUAUAUCAGUCUAUUUUCCAGUAUGAGAAAAUUUAUAUUUUUUAUGACUAAUUAAUUUGUCCGUUUUCUGUAUGCAAACUGUAUAAUUCCGUCUAUGAACUAUUGUGGAUGGUUUUCCAUCUCUUCGAUUGUAACAAAAGAAAAACAAGUUUGAAGGUGGUUGAUCCCUCAAGUGGCUCUCAAGUUCAAAUGAGAUAAAUGUACUUCACUUUAUAUGAUUUCUGUUACCUUUGACCUUGAUACCUCCAAAACUAAUCAGAUCAUCUUUCCUAUACUUGAACAUAUGUUUGCAUACUUGGACUUAGUUUAAAUAUAUUCCAUCAAAUAACACUUUAGUUAUCACAAGAACAAAAAUGGGAUGGAUUAAACAUAAAGUUUUCAUCUAGCAACCAUCUACAUUGAGCAGAGGCUUAUAAAAGAUUAUUGUGACAAAUCAAAAUUGAAAUGGAAGCAUAACAUCUUUAAAUGGUGAACAGUAUCUGUAAUAAGAUAGAAAUGAUAGCUCCAAGUUAUUGAAUGUACAGCUGUGACAUUUGUAGCAUAUUUUAUGCAUAUUAUUGGAAAUUAGUGUAUGGUGUUAUUUAGAGUUCUGUAGGAAUUUGAAAAUUUUGUAGUGCAAUCAGUACUCUUGUUUGAUGUGAAUCACAAAUUUAGUGGACUUUUUUCAUUAAGUUUGGGUAUGUCUAAAGACUAUUCAUUUGAUUUCUUUGUCAGACAAUUUAUCAUAGAACACUUGUUGUGUGAAAGAUGUAAGAUCUAAUAUCAAAGGGUGAAAUUUUGAAUUUAAAUGUUUGAAUAGAGAAAAAUCAGGUUAUAAGAUAUCGUGUUCUUUUUCUUUAUGGUAAACUUCUCAUGUAUGUAAUGGGGACAAAAUUCAGGACACAAUUUUCAUAUAUCUAUAUAGCUUUCUGAUAUAUGAUCACUAAAUUUACCAGAUAAUCUAUCAACUAAAAUCUUCAAAUUUUAAAGGUCAAGUCCACCUCAGAAAAAUGUUAAUUCAAAUCAAUAGAGAAAAAAAUCAGACAGGCAUAAUGCUGAAAAUUUCAUCAAAAUUAGAUGUCAAAUAAGAAAGUUAUGACAUUUUAAGUUUCGCUUAUUUUUCAGAAAAUAAUUGUAUGCACAAUUUAGUCACAGGCAAAUGAGAGAAUCGGUGAUGUCCCUCAACUCACUGUUUCUCUAAUUUGUUAUUGUUUGAAUUAUACAAUAUUUCAAAUUUUACAGAUUUGACAAUAAGGACCAACUUGACUGAACCAUAAAAUGUUAAUGGUAAUUCCACGUGUUCUGGGUGAAAUACAACUUUGUUUUAAAGGACAAUGAGGGGAAAAUUGGAAUAUUUCAAAAAUAGCUAUUUUAUGAAAUUAAGCGAAAAUUUAAAAUGUAAUAACUUUCUUAUUUUACAUCAAAUUUUGAUGAAACUUCAGUGUUGUGCUUGUUGGAUUUUCCUCUUUUUAUUCAAACCAUCUUUUUGUUUGGGUGGACUUGUCCUUUAAGAUUGGAAUGAUGAAAUGUAAUUCACAUAAAUCAAUAUUUCUCAGAGCUUUAGACAGGCUUCAAUUUCCACUAUUUAGUUUAGUAGUAUGAUCCCCAUAGCAAGAAAGUAAAUAUAAUAAGAAUUUACCAUAAGUUUGAAGAGUAUAAAGAAAAAUGAUAAAAAUAAAUAAAAAGGCAUAUAGAUCUA